UUUUUUAAUAUUUCUAUACAGUUUCGCAAGUAUAAAUCAGGAUCUGUUUAGUUUAUUUCAAAAUAAAUACAAUAAAAAUCGAUUCAACUCAAAUCGAUAGAAUUUGAAUUCGUACUUCACAUCACUAGUCUGGGACAUCUUCCUUAGUUCACCAAACUGACAGUGGGACAAUUAGAGAUGGACGUUGAUUACUCAUUCCCCAAUAAUGUUUAGCAUUUGAAUAAUAAAUAGUGUAAAACUAUAAAUAAAAGCUUAAAUUUGUGUUAAAUAUCGUACUGUAAUAGUUUUAUGGGAUAUUAAUUCAAAAUGCAUCGUCGCAGGGGACCAAACUUCACCUAUGUCAGCGGUUGUGUUAAAUACAUGAUUUUUAUAUUGAAUUUUAUAUUUUGGUUGUUUGGUGGGCUGCUCAUUGCUGUUGGGCUGUAUGCAUUUAUUGACAAAUGGCAAGCCACCGGUCUUAUAAAGUUGGACACAGUUUACGAUGUGAUGCUGAACAUAAGUCUGCUGAUAGCUCUUCUCGGUGGCGUGGUGUUCGUGGUCAGUUUCGCCGGUUGCGUGGGCGCACUCAGAGAGAAUACCUGCCUUCUUAAGUUUUACUCGCUGUGCCUGCUGAUCCUGUUCCUGGUGGAGAUGGGCGGCGCGGUGUGCGGGUUCGUGUUCCCGCGCUCGCUGCACGGGCUGCUGGAGCUCAGCUUCACGGAGCGCGUCGUGCACGCCUACAGGGACGACCCCGACCUGCAGAACUUCAUCGAUUUCGCGCAGAGCGAUUUUCACUGCUGCGGUCUGACAUCAGACGGCUACAUGGACUGGUCUAAGAACGAGUACUUCAACUGCUCGUCACCAUCUGUCGAGCGAUGCGGAGUUCCAUUCUCGUGCUGUAUCAACGCUACGGAUAUAUCGUCCGGCUUAGUCAAUAUCAUGUGUGGAUACGGCGUGCAGAAUUAUCCUGUGGCGGAGGCCAGCAAGCGCGUGUGGACGAGCGGCUGCAUAGAGAUAGUGCGGUCGUGGGCCGAGCGCAACCUCUACACCAUCGCGUCCGUGGCGCUGGGCGUGGCGCUGGCGCAGCUGUUCGUCAUAUACCUGGCCAAGACCCUCGAGGGGCAGAUCGAGCUGCAGAAAGCUAGAUGGCAAACAUGAAAUAGGGGGACGAUGGGGGCCUACCGCGACGAGUGCCGGCGCGCGCUGCUGUAGCCCCCGCCGGGCCCCCCGCCCCCGCUGCUCCCGCCGGGG